AGUAACAAGUUUAGUUUGUUUUUUUGAUAGUUGAUACUAAUUCAAGUACAGACCUUAGAAUUGAGAUUAAAUAAGACACCGUUGUGAAUUCAUUACUAGUUGUCUGAAAUUUAUAUAUCUGUCUAAUCAUUCUACCAUUCGUCACUCGAAAACAUGAACGGUUUAAGUUUGUUAAAAAAAACUGUUCCCAGGAAUGUGUACUUAUUAAACCAGAUUCGACCUCUACAUGUGUCAUAUGCGCGGACCAAGUCGGUAGCCCCACGAGAAUCGUUAAAUUCCGACUAUGUGUUGGAUUUACAUUAUGAUUUCCAUUAUCGUGAUCAAAUACCAUUUACAGAAAAGGAUAAGAGGAAUAAUACUAUAGCCGACGUUUCUAUGGGAGUAGUUUUAGCAUUUGUUCUAUACAAAUGUUACUCUGAACCUGAACAUUUACUUGGAGAUUUUCCAUAUCCUGAUUCUUCAGAAUGGAGUGAUGAAGAAUUAGGAGUACCACCAAUUGAAUAAUUAUGUAUCAUUAUUUAAUUAAUUACAUGUAGUGAAAUACAUAUAAUCCAGAAAAAAAAUGUAUUG